UAUGGUAAGACACUGACUGGCGCAUUGGAAAUUAUGAUGGUCGAAGACUACUCUCUUGGAGAUGUGGUCGUCUUCGACUUGGCAAACGUGAAUGGUGGACACAUCAUGCGCGCGGAUAUCAAUCUCAUCCGCAAUCUCGAAGUCUGCUACAAGACUGCUUACCGCCGGAGGUUGAAAGGACUUCACUUGGUGAAUGCAUCGAAGAUCAUACAUUCAGCCAUGAAAAUAGUGAAGAUGGCGCUAUCUGAAAAGUUGCAAAAGAGGGUGUUCGCGCACCUUCCAGGAUCGACGACGCUGUUCGAGUACGUGCAGCGUGACUGCAUACCAGACGAGCUGGGAGGCACUGCUGGACCUGUUGAUAACUUUUCCUACAAACUUAGAGAGAUGAUCAGCCGUGAGUGGCUGCUGGAGAAGGACAAGUACAUGUCAGACGAGAGCAAACGCCCUACCGAGAACCGCUAUGCUGACAUCCACGGCAUCGCAGGCUCGUUUAAAAAACUGUCCGUGGACUGAAACUCAACUCUUCGUUUUAAGACAGGGACACAACAUUUUCA